GGUGCGGCGGCGGUGAUGUGCCUGGCGGGGAGGCGCUGGGGUCGGCGGCAGCGAGUCCUGCUCUGGGGCGUCCUGCUGGCGGCCUGGGAGGCGGCGUGGGGGCAGCUGCGCUACUCGGUGCCCGAGGAGAUGCCCAAGGGCUCGUUCGUGGGCGACGUGGCCAAGGACCUGGGGCUGCAGCUGCCGGCGCUCCGCCACCGCGACGCCCACGUUUUUGACACAGGUAAGACACGGCACUUCUUUCUGGACAUGGAGAACGGCCAUUUAUCUAUGAUGGAGCAGGUGGACAGAGAGGAGAUAUGCGCAGCUGUUCCUAAAUGUGUUCUAAAUUUUGAAAUUCUUGUAAAGCAGCCAAUGAACAUUUACAAAGGGGAGGUAGAAAUACUGGAUAUUAAUGAUAAUGCUCCCAGUUUCCCAGAAAGAAGCAGUGUCUUAGAAAUCAUCGAGUAUACUGCACCAGGCGCGCGUUUCCCGUUGGAGAAAGCUCACGAUCCUGACACAGGAGUGAACUCUUUACAGAAUUAUGAAUGUAGCAAGAGCAGCUAUUUCACCUUGGACGUGAAAAACGGAGAUGAUGGUGUGAAAUAUCCGGAAUUAAUACUGGUGAAAUCUUUGGACCGGGAACAGCAGGCUGUUCAUAAUUUGAUCCUAACAGCCACAGAUGGUGGGAUUCCGAUGAAAUCGGGAUCGACAACAAUACAAAUAGUUGUGCUAGAUGGAAAUGACAAUGCUCCAGAAUUUACUCAGUCUGUGUAUAAGGUGACCGUGAGAGAAGACGUGGCCGUGGGAAGUCGGGUAUUACAGGUGACAGCGACUGACAGAGACGAGGGACCAAACGCUGAGGUGAAAUACUCGUUCUUUAAAAUCCCAGAGAAGUUCGACAAAACUUUUAAACUGGAUCCCGAGAGUGGGGAAAUUGAAAUAACAGAGAAGUUGAAUUUCGAAGAACACGAGUUUUACGAAUUGGUUGUGCAAGCUCGAGAUGCGGGCGGACUUUCUUCCUACAGCAAGGUACACAUCAAGGUCGCUGAUGUGAACAACUACAUUCCCGAGAUUGUCAUUAUGUCCGUGUUCAGUCCGGUUCCAGAAGACACACCGCUGGGAACAGUAGUCGCCAUUUUCAGCGUCCAAGACAGGGACUCUGGGGCCAACGGUGAGGUGCAGUGCAGCAUCAUAGAAAGCCUCCCGUUCCGCCUAGAGAAGUCAUUCAAUAAUUACUACCGCGUGGUGACUGCAGAGCUGCUGGACCGCGAGCAGCAGUCGGAGUACAACGUGACGGUGCGGGCGUCCGACGGCGGGUGGCCGGCGCUGCAGAGCAGCAGGGUGCUGGCGCUGCGGGUGCUGGACGUGAACGACAACGCGCCGGUGUUCUCGCAGGAGCGCUACAGCGCGCGUCUGCGGGAGAACAACGCGGCGGGCGCGCUGGUCGUGGCCGAGCUGCUGGCCGAGCUGGGCAGCGCGGCGCACGCAGAGGCGGCGCCGGCCGAGCCGGCCGCCAGCCUGACGCGCUGGCUCGUGCUGGCCGUGGCCGCCGUCUCCUGCCUCUUCCUCGCCUUCCUGCUGCUGCUGCUGGCGCUGCGCCUCAGGCGCUGGCGCCGCUCGCAGCAGCAGCUGCUGGCCACGGCCGGCGCCGCCUUGCGCGGCGUGCCUGCCACGCACUUCGUGGGCAUCGACGGCGUCCGCGCCUUCCUGCACUCCUACUCGCACGACGUGUCUCUCACGGCCGACUCGCGCAAGAGCCACCUGCGCUUCUCGGCCGCCAGCUGCUGCGACACUCUUCCCGUCCGACCAACAGCUUCUGAUCAUCCGGCUUCAGGUGAUCCUGUCACUUCAGAUGAAGUUGAGGAGAGCGUUGGGCAAGCAUCCUCUCAGCAGCGGUAA